CAACAAGCAGAAGCGAAUCUCUUGCAAUUUUCGUAAACAAGUUAUGUAGAGGUUAUGUCAGUGUUAUUGAACUAUUCUACAUUAUAGGUUGAAUAAUAUUAUUACGUCAUACAUGUACAUAGGUUUAUAGUUGAAAUAAUUAAGAGUGUAUUAUUGUAUUUUGCACUAUGAUGGGAAUCAAUAAAUACCGAAAGUUCAUUUCAUUAAAUUUCUUUAGAUAUAUUAAGCAUACUACAAGUGACAUAAAUUGUGUAAACGUUAGUGAAAUUCUUGCACCAUCAAAUCAAAUUAUUAAAACGAAUAGUUUAUCCUACAACAUUCGAGACAGAUUUAAAAGUGAAAAUCUUUCAACCUCAGAUGUUUGCAAAAACUGCCUUUUUCAUGACUUAGCCUCAUGUGUAUUCCAACGGUUCUUGAAAUCAACAUCUACAGGAAAGAACAAACUAGUGAAACAGAUAAACAGAGAGUACAGAGCUGUGAUUGGUCUUCUUCAGAGAUCAGGAUUCAGUCCCCAAAUUUCCAGCACCAGGAGGCUUCAUACUUCAGCCUCUAGGUAUCAGCAGAAGCCUCCAGAUGAUGAUAACAAGAAACCAAAUAAUGAUGAUGACAAGAAGAUCUCAUCAGUACUUGCAAAAGCUUUUCUUUGGAUGCUCAGUGGUUACAUGUUUAUAGCACUGCUGUCCUUGAUAUUUCCUUCUAGCAACCAACCAGAGCAAAUUAUCCGAUACGUCUCAUGGAACGAGUUUGUGCACCAUAUGUUGGCUAAAGGUGAGGUGGAACAGAUUAUCGUGCGACCAGACAUAGACAUUGUUACCAUCAUCCUCUACGAUGGUGCUGUCAUUAAGGGAAGAAAGAUAGAGCACAGAACGUUUCAUAUGAACAUUGUGGAUAUGAAGAAGUUUGAGGAAAAGUUGAGAGAGGCAGAAGAGCGCCUUGGAGUGGGGCUUGGUGGGGGCGUUCCUGUUAUUUAUGAGCGGGGCACUGAUACAGCAGGGAAACUGCUAGUGUCUCUUAUCAUGGCUGCCAUCCUCAUCUCCAUCCUUAACAGAGCUCGAACUAUGCGCUCUCCUGUGUCCUUCGAUUACUUUUCUCAGAUGGGGAGAGCCAAGUUCACCCUAGUGGAUCCAGUAGCUGGCUCGGGCAAGGGUGUCAGAUUCUCAGAUGUUGCAGGCCUCAUUGAGGCUAAACAAGAAGUUAUGGAGUUUGUAGAUUACCUUAAGAGACCAGAGUUUUACAGGAAUCUAGGUGCCAAGGUUCCCAGAGGAGCCCUGCUGCUGGGUCCUCCAGGCUGUGGUAAGACACUGCUGGCGAAGGCUGUGGCUACAGAGUCUAAUGUGCCUUUUCUUUCCAUGAAUGGCUCCGAGUUCAUUGAGAUGAUUGGAGGACUGGGUGCAGCUAGAGUCAGAGACUUAUUCAAGGAGGGGCGCAAACGAUCACCUUGUAUAAUUUAUAUUGAUGAGAUCGACGCGAUCGGUCGGAAGCGAAGUGUCAGUGGACAAUGGGACGGUGGGUCAGGAGAGGGUGAACAGACUCUCAAUCAGUUACUGGUAGAGAUGGAUGGCAUGGCUUCCAAGGAAGGGGUAAUUAUGUUGGCCAGCACCAACAGAGCUGACGUCUUAGACAAGGCUCUACUACGUCCAGGCAGGUUCGACCGUCAUAUCCUUAUAGACCUCCCAACUCUGGAGGAACGCAAGCAAAUAUUUGAGACUCACCUUAAAGGAAUAACGUUGGAAGAUCAACCUUCCAAAUACUCCCACCGAAUGGCUUACCUCACGCCUGGCUUCAGUGGGGCAGACAUAGCUAAUGUGUGUAACGAAGCAGCGCUCCACGCAGCACGCUCCAAACAGCCCAAGGUGACAGGUGCAGAUCUAGAGUAUGCAGUGGAACGUGUGGUAGGAGGCACGGAGAAACGUAGCCAUGCCAUGUCACCCGCUGAGAAGCGUGUAGUCGCAUACCAUGAGUCCGGCCACGCAAUUGUUGGUUGGAUGUUGCCCACCACUGAUGCCCUCCUCAAGGUCACAAUUGUACCACGCACCAAUAUGGCCCUCGGCUUUGCCCAGUACACCCCCAAGGACCAGAAGCUCUUUACCAAAGAAGAGAUUUUUGAGCGGAUGUGCAUGGCCCUGGGAGGGCGAGUAGCAGAGUCGCUCACAUUUAACAAGAUCACAACAGGGGCCCAGAAUGACCUGCAGAAAGUCAGCCAAAUGGCCUACGCUAUGGUGCGGCAAUAUGGAAUGGGUGAUGCUACAGGCUUGCUGUCGUUUGAAGAUGACAAAUCUAGCUUAAAACCAUACAGCAAGAAGUUGGCUGCCUUGUUUGAUGAUGAAGUGCGGAGAAUUGUUGCCAAGGCUCACCAACACACAGAGAAAGUCAUUCAAGAAAACAAAAGUAAACUGGAAUUGCUUGCAGAGACCUUGCUGAAGAAGGAAACACUCAACUAUCCUGAAGUGGAAGCCCUCAUCGGUCCACCUCCUCAUGGUAAGAAGAACCUCAUAGACUCAGCAGAUUAUGAAGCUUCUGUACAUGCAGCAGCCAAUGGACCUUCCCCACCAACCGAGGCUCCCCCUCCUGCUUAGUACAAUUGUACAGUAUUGUAAUUUUGACAAUAAAUAAUAAGUUAUGA